AUGGCCUUACUCACACUUGCGACAGACUUCUCAGCAUCCCCAAUGCUGCUCGGCGGGCUCCUCUUCCUGCUUCUCGCAUACCUCACCAGUGUCGUGCUGCGAAUCGGGUCGCGCCCAGCCCACUUGCCCCCCGGACCACCCACCGUCCCUUUCUGGGGCAACCUGAAACAGCUCUCCCACAACCACUACCCCGAACGGCUCUACACCGAAUGGGCCAAGACCUACGGCCCCGUCUACACCGUCAUGAAAGGGUCGCAACCGUGGAUCAUCGUCACCGGCGCGGCCGAGGCCCACGACCUCUUCCACGUGCGCGGCAGCGCCACAGCUGGGCGCACCAGCAGCCGCAUGGAGCUCGCCAUGCGCGACGGCUACUGGCCGCAGUUCCUGUCAGGCCCGCAGUGGCGCGACGCGCGCAAGCUCUGGCACGCGGUGCUCAACGUCGGCGCCGCGCGGCAGUACCAGCCAUUGCAAGAGCUGGAGGCUAAGCAGCUGAUCGCCGACGUCGCGCGGGACGGGAAAAACUGGAAGGCGCACAUGGAGCGGUAUGCGGGGAGCCUGGCGAUGACGCUGAUGAACGGGAAGCGCGUGCCGACUGCGGGCGGCGACGAUCAGACGGUGCGGGAGAUAGUCGACGAUUUCGACGUCUUCAUGCAGCACCUCAACCGCACGGCGUGGCUGGACAAUGUGCCUGGGUUUUGGCGGGUGCCGGCGUGGAUGGUGCCGGCGCGGCGGGAGGCGGCGCGCAUCGCGGCGAGGCAUCGCGCGCUGAUCAUGCGGCAUUGGGACGAGACGAAGCGGCGCAUGGCGGCGGGCUUGUCGCUGCCGUGCUUCAACCGCACCAUCAUGGAGCGCCUCAGCGCGAGCAGGAAGGGCGAAGGCGAGUACGAAGGCCUGGCUGAGCGCGUGUCUGAGGUCCAGGCGGCCGAGAUAGGCGAGCUGCUGGUGACGGGGGCGACCGAGACGACGAGUGCCACGCUGAAGAACUGGAUCGCCGCCAUGACGCUGUUCCCGGACGCCCAGCGCAAGGCCCAGGAGGAACUCGACCGCGUCGUCGGCCCGCACCGCCUGCCCGACGCCGCCGACGCAGAGAACCUGCCGUAUGUGCGCCAGGUCAUCCAAGAAACCCACCGCUGGCUCACCGCCGCCCCCCUCGCCAUGACGCACAGCACCACCGUCGACAUCCGCUGGGGCCCCAACUACCUCAUCCCGGCCGGCACGCCGCUCGUCCUCAACGCCUACGGCAUCCACCGCGACCCGGCCUUGUACCCGGACCCUUUGCGCUUCGACCCGGACCGGUGGGCCGGCAAGCUCGAGGCCGCCAACUCGCUCGCCGACGACCGCGUCGGCGCCCGCUCCGAGGCCCUGUACGCCUUCGGUGCCGGGAGGAGGAUUUGCCCCGGCCAGCACGUUGCCGAGCAAGGGCUGUUUUUGGCCGUUGCAAGGUGGUUGUGGGCGUUUGAUACGCAGGCGGUCGAGGGUGGCGAGGAGCGGUUUCAGGGCGUGGAUAAUUAUAAGCCUGGGUUGGUUGUGAGUUUGGAUAGGGUCGAGGCGGUGGUGCGGCCGCGGAGUGAGGAGAGGAAGAAGUUGGCGGUCGAGGUGUGGGAGAGGGAGAGGGCCGAGUUUUUGGAUGAGGAUGGGCAGUUCUGUAGGAGUCCCGAGGCGUUGGAGAGUGUGAUGGGGAGGGCCGUGGGGGGAGGGGCUUAG